GAAAUUUUCCAGUCCGAAUGAUCUAUUCGGUUUAAAUAGUGUUUAUGCUUUAAUAUCAAAAUUUUGUUUCGUAUUUAUUUUAUCAGUCGGCGAUAAACAGUAUUGCCGUAUAUAGACGAAUGAUUGAUCGUGUAAUACGUUUUAUUCAAUAAUCGCAUUUGGCGAUGGCGGCCAGAAAUAAAAGGUGGUAUCGCUCGCGAAGGAAUCAGGUGUUCAUCGUCUUAUGCGUAGUGGGGCUGAUCGUUUACGUCAGUCUGGACAAGGACCUCCCGAGGGAACCGGACCUCGACAUCACUAGAAGCACUGCAAUGCUUGGGAGCAAUAUUGUAAACCUUAGAGUCGUUGGAGAACACAUCACUAACAUUGUCGAACCGGCCGCACUGGACAGAGAAUCCAUUAUUCAAUUCAUUGAAAAUAGAUUACAAGAAGAAUUGAAAUUGGACAAGGGCACAGGCUGCGAGAUCCCACGGUUGGACCCCUUCGCGAAGGAGGUGACCCAGUUUGACAAGCAAUUGCCGAAGGUCACGUGCUCGGGGCAGGACUGGGUCAAGUGCUAUCUGUCCGAAUGCAGAGUAAUCAAGGAGAUACUAGACACAACAAAAGAUAUAGUGUGUUCAUACAGAGAUAUUUUGUACCAAAGUGAUUACAAAUACGAACUCGGCAACAGUGUGGAUGUGUAUGGCGCGGACGUGUAUGUACUCACCAACAGUGACCAUGUGAAAGUUAAAUGCACCGGUAAACAUAUUAACAGUAUUUUACCAUCGAAAUGGACGGGACACUGCUUGGGCUUCCGUGCGACGGUGAAGCCAAAACCACCGCCGGAGGGCCGCGAGGAGUCGCUCAACGUGCUCAUAUUUGGGUUCGACUCGACGGCCAGGAACGGCUUCAUACGACGCAUGCCGCAAAGCUAUAAGUUUCUGACCGAUGAGCUGCAGGCUACAGUGCUCAAUGGGUAUAACAUAGUGGGCGAUGGUACACCGGCGGCGCUCUUCCCCAUACUGACGGGCAAGAACGAGCUGGAGUUACCUGACGUGAGGAAGAAGUCCAAGAACAACGGCACGCUGGACUCCAUGCCUUUUAUAUUCUACAAGUUGAAAGAAGACGGCUACCGUACCGCGUACUUCGAAGACAUGCCCUGGAUAGGCACGUUCCAGUACCGGUUCAACGGGUUUCGGAGGCAGCCCGCCGACCACUACCUGCGCUCGUUCUUCCUCGAGGAGUCGGCCAGCGGCAAGAAGUGGGGCAAGGGGAGAAGCGACCGGUACUGCGUGGGCGACACGCCGCAGUACAAGCUCAUGAUGAAUAUCACCGAUCAGUUCCUCCGCCUGGACGGCAAGAGGUUCUGCUUCACGUUCAUAGCAGACAUCACGCACGACGACUUCAACAUGAUAGAGACGGCUGACCAGGAUUUUGUGGACUUCAUGAGGGUAUUCCGCGACGAGGGCCGGCUGAAGGAUACGCUGCUCGUCGUCAUGGGCGAUCACGGGCCUAGAUACGCGAACGUCCGGAACACACUCCAGGGUAAACUUGAGGAGCGCUUGCCCCUAAUGGCCAUAGUUCUGCCGGACGAGCUCAAAGUCCGCCGGCCGGCCGCACAGGUGGCGCUGCAAGCGAAUGCUGAUGUACUAACAACCCCUCACGAUGUCCACGCCACAAUUCUGGACGUUAUGGGCCUGACAAAGUAUUGGAAUGAUUAUAAAAUCACCGGCGCUGAUUUGCAUAGGGGAAUGACACUUUUGGAACCGAUACCCAAGAAUCGGUCUUGCAGCGAGGCCGGCAUUGAACCUCAUUGGUGCGCUUGCCUCGCGUGGACCAACGUUUCCAAGGACGACCCCCUCUAUCAGAAAACGGCGGAGGCGCUUGUAGCAUUCAUCAAUAAACUAACCGACCCUGUCAGGUCGCAGUGUACUCCGCGGCGGCUGUCGUCGAUAUCGUGGGUAUUCCGGCGCCGCGCCAACAGCCGGCUGCUGUCGUUCGUGGCGGCGCGUGACGCGGACGGCUACGUGGGCCGCUUCGGGCCGCGCCUGCAGCCGCCCGCCGACACCUACCAGGCCAAGAUCGCGGUGGCCCCCGGCAAUGGGCUGUAUGAGGCGUCUCUCACGUACCACAUUAAAGAGGAUAAAUUUGAUGUAGACAUACGAGACAUCUCGCGGACUAACGCAUACGGCAACGAACCGGACUGCAUAAGUGUCACGCAUCCGCAUCUGAACAUGUUUUGUUACUGCAGAAAAUGACCGCGAGAUGUCGCUUAAUUGGACUCGCUAUAUGCAAGUGUUAUUUACAUUCAUCUUAGUGUGAAUCAGAGAUAAUUAUUAUGCCCCAUUUACAUGUUGCAUUUGGGAUAUGUAAAUAUAUUAAAUAUAUUAAUAUUAUAUGUAAAUAUUUGCUUAGUGUUUCGGUUUGAAAGGUGGGAUAUGGCGUGAAUUUACUGGGUACAGAGAAAUAAAAUCUGAGUCCUCAGGAAUGGCAACGCAUGGGGGGUAUCAUGAGUGAAACAGUAUACUCUGUUAUGUCCAUGGUACUGCUCGUGUCUAUAGGCGACGGUGAUCACUUUCCAUCAGGUGGGCCGUUAGCUUGUUUGCCAUUCUAAGUUGUAUAAAAAAAAUGCAUUUUAGUGGAAAUGUUCGAAGAAAGAAGGACCCGAGGUUAUUAGGUUCUAAAUUAAUAAGUAAUAAUAAUAAAAUCAUUUAUUUUGACUAUCAAGGAUGAUCAUAAGUUUACAUUAUAUAUAUAUAUAUAUAUAUAUAUAUAUAUAUAUAUAUAUAUAUAUAUGCUGCCCAUCCCUCACCGUCCCUUAGUCGACUUUCAUGACACCCAUGGGAAAGACAUGGCUGGCACAUUCUACGUCGGGACCACACGGCAUAUGUAUAUAUAUAUUUAUCCUAAAGUGACAGACAUCAUUACAAGAUCAUCACAUUUUUCACAUUUAGACCAAUAAUUUUAAAAUUAGUAACUAAUUAAUUGCAGGACAUUUAUUUAAUACAAUUAAUUAAUUUAUUAAUAAAUCGCGCACAAACCAAACUCGUUAUUAUAUAAAAUCAGUUUAAAUCUUCUAAUUUCCUAAUUUAUAUUGUAAAUAUAUAAGAUAUCUUUAAUUUCUCUAAUUUUAUGUUCCUACCCUUAUAAGGUACUUAGAACAAAGGACUUUGUUUUCUCAAUAAAGUUUUAUUCUAACAACAAGGAAUUACAUAGAAGGAAUGAUAAAAUAAAAACUGUAAAUCAUACGGUUGCCUCCUUCCUUCUUGUACAAAUAUAAUUAGUAAAAAGAGGACGAGGGAUACACCAUCAGUUGCUAUUUUUCUCAAUUCAUAGCAGGCUAGUGUACAGAAAAUGUUUGAUAUGUCAAUUAUUUGUCAAUGACAAAUGUAACAUUACUAGAUUAUAUAUUGGACACAGUUUAUGUAGAAAGUAUGCAAGCAGGUUGUAUCUUAAUUUGGUAGGGUUAUACGGCCGUAUAACAUUUAGCCUGCUAUGAUCGAUACUAUGUCGAAUAUUUAAUCUAGUAAUGUAAAAUUUGUCAUUGACACAUAAUUGACAUGUCAAACAUUUUCUAUACACUAGCCUGCUAUGAAUUGAGAAAAAUACCACUGAUGGGUAUAUAUCCUUCGUUCUCUUUUUACUAAUUACAUUUGCAUAAGAAGAAAGGAGUCAACGGUAUGAUUUAUAGUUUUUAUUUUAUCAUUCCUUCUAUGUAAUUCCUUGUUCUUUGGAUUUAAUCCUUACUUAUAUUAUAGAUAAUAAAUAAUUUCCAUUUAAGUAAAUUAAAUUAUAAGCAUUUUUUAAAUAGUCAUUUUUUUAUGAAUCUACCGCCCAGUUCGGAAUGCAAUUUCAGCUGAGAAGAAUAGACAAGAAACUCAGCUGUUGCUAUUUUUUUUACAAUUUUAAUAACUUAACUAAUUGGCAUAAAAUGUGGUAAAAGGAUUCUGUUUGGGAUGGAGAAGUUACAUUAUCUAUUUAUCUUGAUUAACCAAUAUUAAAGAAAUUAAAUUGUCUCAGAAAUGGCAACGCAUGGGGGGUAUCAUGGGCGAAACAGUAUACUCUGUUAUGUCCAUGGUACUGCUAAUGUCUAUAGGCGACUUUUACCACUUUCCGUCAGGUGGACCGUCAGCUUGUUUGCUAUUCUAAGUUUUUUUUUUUUUUAACAUUAUUUUAAGGGCUUUUACCUCCUUCAGGUAUAUCUCUGAUUUCUCAAACAAAACUCAAUCUAUUGUCCCUAGACGCGGAAAGAGAAGAAUUAAUGGGCAUCAAUAAUAUAAAAAGAAAUUUAAAGAAGCAUAUAUUCUCGCCGUAGCUUCACAAUACAUAUACGCAAACAUUUUGUAUAUACGCAGGAAUCUGCAACUGUUUCUUAAAAACAGCGAUCUCAAUAAUCUUAACACUAAAUACAAAUAUAAACUCGCUGUUCCGAAGUAUAGUUUAGAAAAAGUUAAUAAGUCUUUUACGGGUAUGGGCAUUAAAUGUUAUAAUAAGAUAUAGAAGAAUAUUUUGGAUCAGCCUUUUAAUAAGUUUAAAACUGUUAUUAAAAACACUUAUUCAACAAAGCCUUACACACUAAACGAUUACUUGAAUGACAAACGUGCAUGGUGUUAAUCGACCAUGCACUGGCUUUUAACGACCGUGUAAUUUUAGACAUAGGACAUUUAAACAAAUACACGUGAUGUUAACAGAGAUUUAAAAGAGUAACUGUUGAGUUUCUUGCGGGCUCUUCUCAACUGAUAACAACCUUGCGAACUACUAUAGUAGAUUAAAAAAAAUUACGAUUUAAAAGUGCUUGUAAACAAGUCUGUUUGAAUAUAGAUAGAAUUUGAAUUUAAUUAUCCUGGACGAAGUUGCGGGUAAAUACUAGUAUAAUAUAAAUUAUAGAAUAAAUGAAUUAUUUUAUAUAUAUAUAUAUUAUGAUAUAUAAUUAUUAUCUAUUAAUAGUUAGAGAGCUGACCACAUGAAAUGUUUUAUGAUAUUUUUUAAUAUCUUUGCAUUUAAAUAUAUUUUUUUUUGUGGAAUUUUUAUAAAUUUACUAUUUUUGUAGUUGUUUACGAUUUGUCUGACUUUUUGCAUUUCUUUGGUUUUAUAGUUUAUUUUGAAAGAAUAUAAAUGAAAGAUGUUUCGAGGUUCAUAUUUAAAUUUAAAUAUUUUUUUAUUAAUAACAAAUUCCAAGAGAUUUAUUGUGGUAUACAAUAAUAUGGUAGACACUCCUUAUUGUUUCCUCCAAUAGAUUACAAUAGUAAACUUAUUAUAAAUAUAAACAAUUACAAGAAAUAAUAUCACAGUGAGAAAACAAUAGGCGACCUUAUCGCUAAGAGCGAUCUCUUCCACGCAACCUUUGGAUGGAGAGGAGUAAUUAUAAAGUUUGGUGGGAGGCACGAUGAAAAUUCGAUUAUUUCUUAAUAUGGAGAUGUGAUACGUGUAAUGUAAAUAUAAAUAUAUAUCCUUACUCAUUAUAAUAUAUAUACAAACAUACAUAUACACAUAUAAAUGUAUGUAUAUUUGGUCCAAAAUUCUCAAAGCACUAAGUCUGCAUUUUGUGUGAGAUUUUUAGAAUAUUCUAAAUAAAGUUUAAGUGUAUACAUAUGUAACUUGAGUUAAAAACACUCUGUAUUUUUAACCGACUUCAAAAAGAAGCGUGUCUUCAAUUCGGUUGUGUUUUUUUUAAUGUUUGUUACCUCAUAAAUUCGUCAAUUGUAAACCAAUUUGGAGAAUUGUUUUUUUUAUCUAAUAGAAUAUGCUUACAGAUUAUGGUUCACUAGUUUAGUUUUAAAAUCAAAAUACUUGGUGUUGCCAUAAUUGAAUUAAUUUUUUUCAUGGAACGCAAUCUCAAAUUGUUUCUAUUGAAUAUUUACAAUCUCAUAUUUUUUUUAUUACUACUAAGGUUGCCAACUGUACUCUUAAAAACAGUAUUAUAUAUAUAUAUAUAUAUAUAUAAUAUUAUACUUUUUACUAUUGACCAAAAAUAAAGUAUACAAAAUACUGUCUUUAUUAUCAAAAUACUUAACAACUACAAGUGUUAAACUUAGAUGCUUACACAAUUUUUAUUUACUCAGUCAAUGCACUUUAAUUUAAUCAAAAAUGAGCUCCAUAUUUAUUUUAAUUUUAGUUUUGUAAUUGUGAUGAGGCAUAUGAAGUUUAAAAAAAAAAGAUUGUAAAUUAAUAAAAAAGAUAUGUAUUUAAAACAUUAAAUAAAUAAAAUACUGUUAAUUUUUUUUUUUAAAUACUAUUCAAUAUUCUUUUCAGAACUAAAUAUACUUUAUUUCUUGUAACCAAAGUUGGCUAAGUUAGUCUUAUUUUUUUAUUUUUAGUUAUAAUUAUAUAAUAGUGUAACUUAUAUAAAGUGUAAAUGAAAUGUAAUCACAAUUUAGACGUUUAUACUAAAAUAAAUUAUAUAGGUACUAAAUAAAUUAUUGUGUACAGCGAAAUUAUUAUUGUAAGGUUAAAUAAGAACUCUAACUAACACUUUCAUUCAUUAAAAAAAAAAAAAAAACAUGCAAUUCUUUGCAUGAUUUUUUUUAUUGGUAAAAUAAACCAAGGUGAUAUAAUUCAUGUUCAAAAUAAAGGAAAAAUGGUUUGAAAAAUAAAUUUGACAGCUAUGUUUUUUUUCUGCAAUGGACAUUAAAAAGGUACCCAGACACGAUCAACUUAAAGUGAACUUGGUCUUUUAUAAAAUUUUUGGGCAUUCAAUGUUAUGAUGGAAAUUUCCACCAUUAUGCAAAGAAGAGUUAAUUCUUUACAGUCCAUAACUUUUACAUGCAUCAACAAUUUAGAAUUUUAAUUUUUGAAAAUUGCAUUUCAGUGUACCCUAAUAAUCUACGUAGUAAGUAAUAUGUAUUUUUUAAUGGGUCAUAAUGGAGUGGUAACCCCGCCUGCGCUAUCGGUGGGGCACCAGUGAUGGAUGAAUAGGUGACGAUGAAAGCAGGUCAGUUAGCCCAUCGUGACCACUACAAUUAACCACGAUGGUUUCCAGGAGGGAAGCGAGUGGAGGUCGACCUGAUAGGGUGUAUUGCUAGCAAUGGGGGGGGGGGGGGUCAGUUAGUAAUUUAAAUGAAUAAUAAUUAAAUUCUCAUUACUAAUAAUCCCUUUCCCCCAAGUAAUAUGUAUUAGAUACAUGUAUAAUUUUUAUUCAAAAAAAGCACAAAGAAAUAAUGUAUUUCUGUAUAUAAUAUUUUAAAAAAGUAUGUAUGUAUAUAUUUGAAAUAUAAAAUGUAAAAAUAUCUGUCUAAAAUUUAAGCUCGUUGUAUUAUUAGUGGUCGGCUCCUGUACUAUGAAUUAAAAUUAAAAAACAAAAAUGUGUAAUUUCUUAAAAAUAUACUAAAUUAUUUACGCUACAGUGUGUAAAGGAAAAUGUGUAACAAUUUAAAAUUCACUGUAAACAUAAGUUUAUUAAUUAUAUAAAAAAAACCUCGUAAGCACACAUUGUAUUUUAAUGCAAUAACUGCCGGUUUAACUUACGAGAAAAUCUCGACUAGUUGCGGGAUCAAUACGUGACCCUUAAUCAUGAGCGGAUCUGACGCGAGCGCUCCUGUAGUUAUUAUAUUAAAACAUAUAAAAAAACAAUUAAGAAAAAAAGAAACUAGUUAAUAUUUCUGUAAGUGUUAAUGCCAAGUUUGUUAAUUUACUAGUCAAGUAAACUUUACCUAAGUAUUGUUCCUUUAACGUUAAAUUGUUUUACAUAAUUUGUUUACGUGUGUAAAUACAACUGACGUCAUAACUUGUGUAUAACUGUAAAGGCGUGUUCACAAUACAGAAAUGAAAUGUGUAGCCAAUUAGGCCGGUUCCACACUAUAGUCCCAUUCGUGUUUCUACCGUGAAGCAGUUGUGUUUGCAUGGCUGUGUUUCGGUUUGAAGGGUGGGAUAUGGCGUGAAUUUACUGGGUACAGAGGAAUAACACGUGAGUCCUCAGGAAUGGCAACGCAUGGGGGGUAUCAGGGCGAAACAGUAUACUUUGUUAUGUCCAUGGUACUGCUCAUGUCUAUAGGCGACGGUUACCACUUUCCAUCAGGUAGGCCGUCAGCUUGUUUGCCAUUAUAAGUUGUAUAAAAAAUAUAUAUAUAGUAAGAUAAUAUAUGAUUUAAGUCAAUUUAAAUUAAUAAAUUCGAGAAAGGCAAUCAAUAGGUUUUUUUUUUUUAAUUUUUAAUCCAGCAGGAGAGAGAGAUAUACACUUUUUUCAUAGAAACAGAGAUUAAAACUGUACUUCAUAUACGUACAGCGCCAUCUUUUGUGGUACAGAUAAAUGAUUAUUGGAGUUUGACAGUUGGGAUAGGAGAUGUUUAUGAAAUUUGAUGACAGAUGGCUUGAGUUCUGUCCAAGUGCAUUAUAAUAGUCCGCUCUCGUUAUGGUCACUACGAACUAUUUGAGAAUGAUUAGCACGGGAUUUUUUUUUGAUAGGUGAAAAUGGUAUGGUAACCCCGCCUGUGCUAACGGGAUACGCUGACGGAGCACCAGUGAAGGGUGAUAGAUGAGAAUGAAAACAGACCAGUUAGCCCAUCAUGAUGAAUUCAUCAGGAAUUAACCAUGAUAGUUUCCAGGGGGAACUGCGAGGAGGUCUACCUGGUUAGGUAUAUUGCUAGCAAUGGGAUUUUUAGUCUCCAUUACUAACAAUCCCUUUUCCCCCCAUUAGAACGGGAUUGGGUUGUAAUGUGAUUACACACAUUGUUUCUUACGAAGUAUUUUAAUGAAUUGAGAGCGGAUCGAGAUUGGACCAAAAGCGGUCCGAAAGUGGACCGAGAGCGGACCGAGAACGGACUGAGAGCGGCACUAUAGUGGGGAUCGUGCCCUAUCAGGUGUAAACCAGUUAUAACUGGUUAUAAAUAAAAUUUACUGUAAACGACUAUAUAUUAAGAUCAUUUAUAAGUGCUGGAACUUUAUUGUAUAUAAUAUAAGGGUGAAUUUAAAAUAGCAACACAUGUUAUGGACGUCACAGUAUAAGAGUUAGAAUUUUUUUUGUGUUAGUAAACAUAAUUAUAAGUAUUUUUAUAUAAUUUUUUUUUUGUAUGUUUCUACCGCAAUGUUACCAUUAUUGGAAUGUAAUUUUAGCUGAGAAAAAUGGGCAGGAAAGUCAACUGUUGCUCUUUGAAACAAAUGUACCCAUAUUUGUUUUAAUAUAAUAUUUUUUAAUUAUAUUAUUAAGGUAGGUUUUCACCUUUUAAAACCACUUUUUCAAAACAGUUGUGAUUAUACGUUUUGUUAGAUUUCAGAGCUGCGUACACGCAUUUACAUGUUAGAUGGUACAGUACUUAGAAUUCAGUUGAUAAUUUGUGCCUAAGACUAGCCUAAGUUUAGAAAUAAAAAUUUGGAGAUAC